CCAUCUUUAUUGAUCACCGUUGUAGUCCUUUUCAAAUUCCUCCCCACCGUAUCCGCUACCCAUAAAGCAACCUUCGUCCACGAGCUAAAACAACUCAAAUCCCUACCCAGCGUUCUCGACGGACGAUUAAUCGUAGGAGGACCAUCAGUGACCGAUCCGAUCGAGAAGAGUAAAGGGUUUCAUUAUGCGUUGCUCAGUUAUCAUAAGAAUCGCGAGGCGUUGACGGAGUAUCAAGCUAGUAAAGAACAUCACAGAGUUACCGAAACUUACAUGUUUCCGUACAAGGAAGAUUUGAUGAGAUUUGAUUUCGAAGUUGAUGUGGAAGAUGAAUAUAUGUGUCGGUCGAUUGGAGAUGGGUUGAUGAAAGGGUUUGUAAACCAGGCGCAGGAAGAAUAA